AUGGCGGACGACGAUUCCCGGACCGCGAUCCUGGGUCGCAAGCGCCAGCGCGAACUUCAGGAUGACCAGCCUAACGCCGCUUUCUCCACGCCGGAAAAGAGGGCGAAGCUGGCCGAGGACGGUGACGAGGAGAGCGACUACUCUCCCUCGCCGGAUCUCCCCCAGCUCGAGCCUUCACGUGAGCGCCCGUCUGAGCCUUCCCAGCCUGACCCAGCCUUUCCCCACAUGUCUGGUGUUGAAGAGUCUGCGGCCAAGGCCAAUGAGCUCAGCGCUGCCCAGGAGAAGGCGGGUCCCGGGAAGCCAGAGCUGCCGCCACCUGAAGGAGAGGAUUUUAUUGCCCUGCCGGCGGAUGAUGAUGACUUCGCCGUCGAGAACGACCAGGCCUCCGACGCUUACGCCAGUGAUGGCGGGGCCGGAAGUGAGGGGGCAAGAGAGGAGGGGGUGGACAACGGCCAAGCUGCAGGCGCGCAACCGCUUUUUCGCAAAGAGUCCGGUCGCAUUACCUUGACGAAGAAACAGUCGCAGCUAGUUCACACCUUCGAAGAGGAAAGGGCACUGCGAAUCAUGAGGACCGGCAUCAGUACCUUCUGGACUGCGAAGAAAGGCUUUUACACCCAGGACGCUGUAGGGGCCGUCAUCUCCAUGGCAAUCCCCCAAGUCCCCGACAAGAAAAAUCCCAAAAAGAUGGUGAAUGGCAUUACAAAGGACACGAUUUGCGCCCGUGUGAUUACUGCCAUAGGCUCUAACUGUCCCAUUGGCCUUCUGGGCAUGUACCAUGAUCAGAGCCAGGGCUCAUCAGACUUCAAUCAGCUGGUAGUUGUUCGCACACAAGAGCAGUUUGACGCCUUGAGGAACUUCUUCGCGGCCACGCCUUUAGAGUUCGCUCUCAAAGGUACCCAUCAAAAGGGCAAAGAGAAAGAGAAAGAUUUCUAUAUCUUGAGCGUCCUAUCCACUGAUGAGACCAAGAAAUUGCAGUUCGCAGACAACAAGAAGUUGAGUCCGAAGAAGGGGGUUACGUCGAUUCUAGCACAGGCUCUCGCGCACUACGUGAAGCGGCAUUUGGAAUCCCGGGAAAUGAGCCCGGGGGACUAUGAAGGUUUCAAUCCCAAAGAGGCAAAAAAGGUUCUUCAGAAGGCAGCAAAACAAGACAUCGGCGCCGGGGUUAUCAAGGCCGAUCCAAACUUUGCUUGGGAGCACCUGAACAAGCCGCAGCCUCAGGCACAGCCGGCUCCAAAAGGCCAAUCGCAAGCCGCAUCAAAGGCAACCAGCACCACCUCCACCAAGCCUUCCACCCCAGCGAGCGAGGCGCAGGACACUAACUUUAGUUCGGGCGAAGAAGGCGAGAUCACCUCUGAACCCGCCAGCAACCCAGCUCAACCCGAGGGACAAGAAGAUACUGUUCAGAGCAGCACAACCGCCGCAGCCUCAAACGGUCAAAUGCGCACUCACUUCGCGCAGCUCAGCGAACAUGAGCAAACGCUCCAAGUGCGCUACUUUGGCAACCCUGAAGAUGGUUUAGCACGCUGCCUCACUUGCGCCCAAAAAGGUCACAUGAAAGAGAGUUGCCCUUCCAGAACUUGCCAGCAUUGCCAGGCCGUCGACCGACACUUCACGAAGGACUGCCCGACCGUUUCCAAAUGCGCCAAGUGCCGCGAAAGAGGCCACUCGAAGGAGGAUUGCCCUUCAAAGCUGGCGCGCUCCUCUGCAGAUGGCUUCUUGUGCGACGUAUGCGGCGAGAAGGGCCAUCCCGAGGAGGAAUGCGCUCUCCAAUGGCGUUCCUACAACCCCGGCAAGAUCGCCAACCUCAACAAAGUCGAAAGAAUGACGGUAUCCUGCUACCAGUGCGGCUCACCGCAGCACUGGGGCGACGACUGCCCGAUGCGGCCCCGCAGGGUCACGGUCAAGAGCAACAUCUUCUCCGCCAAGGAAGCCAACAGAUACCUCAUCGACCCCGAAGUGGCGGCCGACGAGCUUCGGCACAACGGACCGGGCGGCCAAGGAAUGUCCAUCAGAGGCCGCGCGCAAGGCCAGGGCCAGGGCCAGCACACCUACUUCUCCUCCACCGACGACGAAGGCGACAUCGACAACUUCUACCGCAACAAGCGCAGCGGCAACCACAAUGGCAACAGCAACAACGGCCCCAACCCCCGCUCUCGCGGCAACAUCCGCAUCAACGCCGGUGCCGGGUUCCGCGGCGGCCGCUUCUCCCAGAAGAACGACAAGGGCCAGAACGGAGGCGGCGGCGGCGGCGGCGGCGGAGGCGGGGGCGGCCACGGCAACCAGUUCGAGCCCAUCACGUCCGGAUGGCAGCCGCCGCUUCCCAACGAGCCGCCGCCAUCGCUCCCCCCGCUCCCAUCGUCGCGUGGUGGUGGCAAUGGAGGCGGCCGUGGUCGCGGCCGUGGCGGACGCGGUGGAGGUGGUGGAGGAGGAGGCGUGAACCAGAUGCCGUUGCCGCCGAGGCCUCAGCCGCCGUCUGGCCCCUCGAGAAAGCCUUGGAGGGGUGGUAGGGGCGGGAAGAAGUGA